AUGGCAGCAAUUGAGGAUUACUCGCGGCCGACUACGCCAGACAACAGCACCAAUGGCCUCACAUCACCCCGCACGCCCAAGCAGACAGGCCUCGCGCUCACCGAAUACACUGCGAAUCCCAGCCCGCCCAACGAGUCAUCGCGAGAUAAGAGCAGCGUGGUUCCAGAGGCGUUCCUGCUGCCAAACGGGUAUCCAGAUUAUCUGCGUCUCAUCCUCACAUCGCGCGUCUACGAAGUCGUCAAUGAGACACCGCUCACACUCGCAGCCAACCUCAGCAACCGGCUCGAGUGCAAUGUCAUGCUCAAGCGCGAGGACCUGCAGCCCGUCUUCAGCUUCAAGCUGCGCGGCGCAUACAACAAAAUGGCACAUCUCGACCCCAAGGACCGCUGGCGAGGCGUCGUGGCCUGCAGUGCUGGCAACCACGCCCAGGGCGUUGCAUACUCGGCGCGACACCUGAAGAUCCCCGCAACUAUCGUCAUGCCCUCGGGCACCCCCGACAUCAAGCACAAAAACGUCUCCCGCCUCGGAGGCUCGGUCAUCCUCCACGGAGCUGACUUCGAUGCUGCAAAGGCUGAGGCUGCGCGCCUCGAGAAGCUGCACGGUCUCGUUUCCAUACCGCCCUUCGACGAUCCAUACGUUAUCGCGGGACAAGGUACAGUUGGCUUGGAAGUGCUGAGGCAAACAAACCUACAGAACCUGCACGCUAUCUUCUGCUGCGUGGGUGGUGGAGGCCUCAUUGCCGGCAUUGGCGUCUACAUCAAGCGCAUCGCGCCACACGUCAAGAUCAUUGGUGUCGAGCAGUACGACGCGAACGCCAUGGUCGAGUCGCUGAAGGCUGGGCGGCGGGUGCUGCUGAAAGAAGUCGGGCUGUUUGCUGAUGGUGCAGCUGUCAAGACAGUCGGCGAGGAAACGUUCCGUAUCUGCCAGGAGGUUGUGGACGAGGUCGUCCAGGUUACCACGGACGAGACCUGCGCCGCUAUCAAGGACAUGUUCGAGGACACACGAUCCAUCGUCGAGCCCGCCGGCGCCCUUGCGCUCGCUGGGCUGAAGAAGUGGGUCAGCCGCAACCCUUCCCCAAACCGCGAGCGAGGUCUCAUCGCCGUCGCAAGUGGCGCAAACAUGAACUUCGACCGUUUGCGCUUCGUUGCCGAGCGCGCUGCUCUCGGUGAGAAUAAGGAAGCUCUCCUUUCCGUCACGAUUCCUGAAAAGCCCGGCGCUUUCGCAAAGCUCGUGUCCACUAUUCACCCCAUGGGCGUCACCGAGUUCAGCUACCGCUACUCUGAGCCGGAGGAGGCCAACAUUUUGGUCGGCGUUGAGCUCAAGGCUGCAACACGCUCUCGCGAUCUGCCUGAUCUCAUCGCCCGCCUCGCUGCAGAGGGCAUGACAGCAACCGAUCUCUCGCAGGACGAGCUCGCCAAGUCGCAUAUCCGUUACCUGGUUGGUGGUCGCAGCGCUGCCGCCGACGAGCACAUGUUCAUGUUCGAGUUCCCCGAGCGGGGAGGCGCGCUCUACAAGUUCUUGAACACGCUGCAGCCGGGCAUGAACAUCAGUCUCUUCCACUACAGGAACUACGGUGGUGACGUCGCAAAGAUUCUGGCUGGCAUCCAGUGCAAGCAGGAAGAAAGCGCGAAGCUGACCAGCUUCCUGAGGGAUAUCGGAUACCCGUACAAGGAGGUCACAGAUAGCGCCAGCUACAAGAUGUUUUUGAGGGACUGAAAGUCGCAUGGUGCGUCAGGCCAUCACGGCGAUGUCACUGCGCACUAACCCUCAGAUGCCCGUCAAGAAACUGCGCC